AUCGUUUUGAGGAAAUUUAUGUUGUAGCUUCUGGUGUUUUAUCUGUAGUUAUAUGUGAUAGGUGUUGUGUGUAGCAACAACGUUUAGUUCACGAGUUACUGAACGCGGAAGUCCGCGAAUGUGCGAAUGUGCAAUAUAAAACCAACUUUACCUAAGUUAGUCCCGAGGCAAAACGCGGAAGUGACCAUCCAGCAUAGUGUUCACUGUUCCACAUUUCGAAAAUCUUAAGGAAAUAGUAGACAUCCAGGCAGUUUUGUAACUUAUUUUUCUACAUACUGUUUAGGGUGGAUAGGAUCAGGAUUUGGACGCAGAUACUAGACUGGGAAAGCAACAAACUCAACUAUGUUAAUUUCUCCCACACGUCAGUCUUCAGUUCACAGAUUUGAACAUAGUCGCAUGUGUCUAGUGCUGCUAUGUCUUUGGUUGUCAACAUUUGUGGCUAUAUUGAGAUUGCUGAAUGGUGGGAGUCAAAUGCAAGGAUUCCUGCCCCCCCUUCCUAAACCUAUAAGACGCAUACAAACAAAUUCCUCACCAACAAUUUCCAUAUUUGACAUGGGAAUUAGUCAUAAAGACAUGGGAAUUAGUCUCGAUGAGUGGGGAAGUCUACAGAAGGCUCUGGACUGGCCUAGUCCAGAUCAAGAAAUCACUCAGCUGAAUCUGAGCACAAGUCCAGUUCACUCAACAUUCUCUAUUGUGGGACUCAAUGAGACUUACAAAGUGGGAGAAAAGAUUCAUGUUACUAUCACAGCCAGAGACCACAACAACAACCUGAAAGCUUAUGGAGGAGACUUUUUCCAAGCAAAGCUUUUCAAUUCAAAGUUAAAGGCGAGUGUGUUUGGAGAGGUUGUUGAUCACCGCAAUGGGACUUACUCUGUUGAUCUUCUUCUGCCAUGGGAAGGCCAGGCACGAGUGUCUGUGCGUCUAGUACAUUCCAGUGAGGUUGUGUAUAUUUUAAAAAAGUACCGAGAGUCAUCAUUUCCACGCAGCCACUACAAAGGCUACUUUGAAGGGCCAGGACCUAAAGGAGUCAGAAUCAGUGAAGUAGUAGAAUGUAAUCUUAAAUGGGGCCCAAACGGAAGCUGGAUUAAAGGCAACUGCUGCUGUGAAUAUAAGGAUCUAAAAACCGGGACGGUGUGGCAGUGUGAGAGACCAAAGACACUGUCCUGUGACAACUGGGUGUAUCACGCAAGUGGACCUAUGGAAAACCCACAAAAUCCCUUUGAGAAUAAACUUUUUGCAAAGAAAUUAACAAAUAUUGAACUUACUGGAGACAUGCAAAUCAUAAAUGUCCUUCCCAACACCACAGACAUUGGUUCAAAGGAGAGAUGUAGAUCUGGCCUCACAACGCCAGUUCCUGCAGGAUUCUAUUUGCAUGAUGUCUGGAAGUCUUUUGUGUGUAACACUAAAUCCUUCAGCCCUCCAGAAAUGGGAAACUGUCUUAAAAGCAAGACUGUUUAUUUAAUGGGAGACUCCACGGAAAGGCAGUGGUUUGAGUAUUUGGAACAAAAGCUGCCAGGUUUAAAGAGACUGGACCUCCACACUUCUCGUAUAGGUGGACCCCUGAUGGCUGUGGAGUUGCAAAAUAAUAUCAUUGUUCACUGGCGGUUCCAUGGUGUUCCUUUGAAAUUUUCUAAAUUGCCAAUUGCUGAUCUGCAUUAUAUCAGCAAUGAUAUUGAUGAAAUAGCUGGUGGUCGUCAUGCAGUCAUUGUCUUCACAAUUUUUGCCCACCGUGUUUUGCACCCACUUACAUUUUAUGUCCAUGAAGUGGCCAAAAUUCGUCAGUCAGUUGUUGCACUACUGAGCCGUGCACCAGAUACUACUGUCAUCAUCAAGUCUGGCAACACUGCAGGACUAAAGAACAUUUUUCAAAGUGAUUGGUAUGCACUGCAGUUGAACACAGUGAUGAGGGAGAUGUUCAGAAAUAUUUAUGGAGUGGUCUACUUGGAUGUCUGGCAGAUGACUUCUUGUCACUAUCUACCUGAAAACAUUCACCCAGGUCAUGUUAUCAUUGCUAAUGAGGUUGACAUGUUACUCUCAUAUAUCUGCCCAAGCUGACGCAUCAGGCACAGUAAUUAUUACUACUCUGACUACUCUAACUUUAUACAGAACAUACAGUAUGAUGCAAAUUGAAGGAGACUUGAUCUAAGCUAGAGAAGAUGUGUAACUUGCUGUAUAUAAUCUUGAAUUAAAUCUUGGUCACCACAUUCUAUCAUAUUUAUCUUCAUUAUUUACAAAUAUUACUAUUGUGAAUAUGGAAAAUUGUAAUGUGACUUGAAUUUGAGAUAUUUUUCUCUCCUUGACAUCUCUCAAAGCUUGUAUUUGAGUUUGUGAAUUAUAAUAAUAAUAGUUGGUUAUUGCUUGUUUGUAUUUUAUUUUGAUUCACAUUUUUGUAAACAGGAAUGUUUUUAAUGCACAGUUUUGGUGAUAUUUUAUAUUGUCUUGUAACAAACACCCAUAAGAAAAAAUAAUUUAAAAGUUAAAACAAAACAUUAAAACAUUAAUGCAAUUAAAAAUCAAAUGAAUGCUGGUGGUUAUCAAGAAACUAAACCAUGGUUACGGUUGUAACUCUUUGUUCUCUGUUCUCUGAGGGAGAUGAGUGAGACAUCUCAAUAUAGGACAUCACUUAGUGGUCAUCCAUGAAGCCCUAUGAAAUUAUGCCUUGAAGGCUGUUGGUUAGUGCAACAGGGAAGCCUAUGAUAAUUCAAGGUGCACUGUUAAAUAAUGUGACAAAGUAUAUUUAAACCACAAAGGUGAUAAAUUAAUUAAUAUGUUUGUGCCAGAUGUCAAUGGGGUGGGCAAUUAAUAUUUGCAUCCGGUGUUUUCACAAAAAUUCCUUUGCAUAGGAUCCACCGGAGCAUCCUUGCUCAAGCACCCUCAGAAAGCUCCCUCUGGUCUCACCUCCUCUCACCAAAAUAUUUCAGCUCUGUAGGUCCAUAAAAUUGGGAAAACUGUUGCAUGAUGGUGCCGGUAUGUGGCUGGCUGUCUGCUCUUGGGUAUGUCUCUCUUGCUUAUUAUUCUUUUUUUAUUCUAAAUGUAAAAGUUUUUAUGACCGUCAAAUGCUCCUUGCCAUUACAAACACCGUCGAGGCACUAUCAAACACAAAAGUGAAAGACUCCAAACUUCCACCUCCCCUCCUGACGAGCGUCCUCGCAUGUCUGCGCCAGUCGCUGUGGCUCUAUCCUGGGAGAAAACACCACAGAAGAAGAGUAAAGUAGAGGCAUAGUUGUUAAUCUGAAAUCCUACCUAGCACAUCAAUCUGCUCAUCGCCCUUGCAUUAUCCCGAGCGAGGGUUUGGCUGUGGCUGCUUCAUCUUAAGGUGAUCGCUGGAGUUGUCUCACCAUUGGCUUUUUCCUGUGACCCAGGACACCUCUCUCAGGUUUCCCCAGUGUCGGUAUCUUCGUCGAGGUGCAGUAAACCAUUGCAAUCUUCACUCGCUGGGCCGUGCAGCAUAGCUGGACGGCGAUCUAAUACAAAUCAGGAUGGCUCUGGUAAACGCUUGAUCGCUGGUAAACGAGAUAUUUAUUUUGCAUGGCUUCUUCACCUGUAAUGAUUUGGAUUUUUUAUUUGUGACGGAGACUUGGCUGUGUGCCAGGGAUAUAAGUGCCUUUUCUGAACUUGUACCCUUACACUGCUCAUUUUUAAACUGCCCCAGAACAACUGGUAGGGGUGGAGGGUUGGCAUCUUAUUUUAGAAGUAGAAGAUGUAUUGUAGCUUUGAAGUAUUAUUAUUCUAUUUGGAUAAAGCUCAAGCAUUAGCAAUUGCGGUGGUAUAUCGUCCGCCAAAAUCAAGUCCAGUCGAAACAAACAAAGGGUUGAUAUCUGAAUUCAUCGCUGUGCCCCUGCUGUUUAUCCAGCGAGAUCAGGUAUGUUUGAAAACGUUGUUAUUGUCACGCAUCCCUCAGCGCUCCACUCCACAUCACCUGAUUUCCAAUUCACCGCACCUGCACUCAAUUAACUUGCUCAUUAGUGCCUGCAUCUGUGUGAUAUCACCUGUACCAUUGGUCUCACUGUGUAAAUCCUGUGAAUCUUAGUAAAUGCUCCUGCACUUGGUUUCAAUAACUACAACUUGUGUGGCUUGAAUUCCUGACAGUCAAAUAGCCUAUAUAUUUCUGCUAAAGAAAGAGCACAAGUAGAUAAUGCAAAGGCAUUGCUCUGAAAUAAAG